AAAACAAAAAUACGAGUAAAUCAUAGUCACGUGUCAAGCCCCUUGACAAUAAACAACCACUCUCUCUCUCUCUCAGCCUCUCUCUCUCUCGUCUCCACAAAUCACAGUAACACCACAAGAUUUGCUCACCACUAACAUAUACACACACGCAUAUACGUACAUACGCGCACGGGAUUCGAUGUCAACUGCAACAAUGGUGAUUGCUUCAAGCUCCUGGUCACGAGCGCUGUUACAGAUCUCGCCCUACACUUUCUCCGCCCUCGGUAUCGCAAUUGCGAUCGGCGUUUCCGUCUUAGGCGCCGCCUGGGGGAUUUAUAUUACUGGAAGUAGUUUGAUUGGUGCUGCGAUUAAAGCGCCGCGUAUCACUUCGAAGAAUCUCAUUAGUGUAAUCUUUUGUGAAGCCGUUGCUAUAUAUGGUGUCAUCGUGGCAAUUAUUUUACAAACAAAGUUGGAGAGUGUUCCAGCAUCCCAGAUAUAUGCACCAGAGUCGAUGAGAGCAGGAUAUGCAAUCUUUGCCUCAGGAAUUAUUGUGGGAUUUGCAAAUCUUGUUUGCGGGUUAUGUGUAGGAAUCAUCGGAAGCAGCUGCGCGCUAUCUGACGCCCAAAACUCGUCACUUUUUGUGAAGAUCCUUGUGAUUGAAAUCUUUGGUAGUGCACUGGGAUUGUUUGGAGUGAUUGUGGGAAUAAUCAUGUCAGCCCAGGCAUCAUGGCCAACCAAAGUCUGAUUUGCUAUAUUGAUCAAUUCACGACAGAUGAACCAAUUGAGAAGCAUCUCUACGAAAUGUACCUUCCUCAUCUUUUCGUCGGAUAGGGUGUUUAGUAAGCAUGUUCGGUCUAUAUGGAUAUAUUAUUUGUACCUUUGUAAAGUGAGGGUGAAAAGAAUGAAGAACCAAGAAACAGCAUUUGCUAGAUUUUGUAAAAUGUUGGUCUUACAUUUAGCAUCUCUAUGAUCACUCAUAUGAGUUGUAUCAGCUGAAUAAGAUUGUGCCAUUUACUUGUGAACUCA